UGGGCAGGGAGCUCCCGUGGUAUUGCCUAGGCAGCCGUCCGUCAGACAGAGGGAAACCUCUGCAGGUUCGGCAUCUGGUCUGGUUAUUUGUGCCGCAGGCUCGGCAUCUGGUCUGGUUAUUUGUGCCGCAGGCUCGGCACCUGGUCUGGUUAUUUGUGCGCACCUGGUCUGGUUAUUUGUGCUACUCAGCACCUGGUCUGUAGUUCUGGUGAUUUAAUCUGUAUUUACUGUUGAAACCGGUGAUUUGAUCCUGUUUACUGUUGUUCUGGUAAAGUUACUGUGUUAUCUUUCUGUGUUAGUUAUCUGUAUCCUUCUCUGUUGAUAUGUCCAAUUCAAACGUAUCGCCGUCAAAUUGCUUUCUGAAACAUUAGAAGAAGGCUGGGUUUGGACAGUUUAUGCAUAAAAGAAGUGUGAUUGUGAUCUGUUUGCAUAUUUGAACUCGGUAUUCGGUUUGCAUGUCUGAGCUCAGUAUUUUAGUUUGUAUGUUUGUAUUUGGUACCAAAAGGAUUUGUUUGGGGAAAUAAUUACAAAAUAAGAACCGUUUCCGUUACUAAAGUGCCACCUUGCUCCCCCUUCAGAUGCAUCUUUACACAUGAAAGUAAAUUGAGUUAGCUGUAUUGCAGUUAGUGUUGUUUUGUGGAUAGACUGAUUUGGAUUUGGAUCUAAAAUUAAUGUCAGGGAUUGAUGUUUAGUAUGCUGUUUAUUGACAUCUGUAAGAAGUUACAAAAGGCAGGAGCUGAGGGAUGUAACUAUUGUUCAGCUAAUUGGAAUUACAUAUAAAGUUUAUAAUCACAGGAAUUAAAUGAAGAGAGAAAAAGGGCAAAAGGAGCCCAAACCUGUGCCCGGCAGCUUCUCCUUGAUAAGCUGCAGAGAAAAAAAAAAAAAAAAAAAAAAAAAAAAUGUGAAAAGCUGACUGUCUGCUAAAGCGGUGGGAAAGGGGGGGGGAGCGGCGGCUGCUAAGGCUGAAGCUGCAGCUCCUCUCCUCCGGGCUCGCCGCCCGCGGGGGAUCAUCAAACGUAAUAGCACCCCUGCGGCAGGUAGUAGGUGUUGGGGGGGGGAACCAGUCUAUGUAAAAGUCCCGUUUUCGCCGGGGGAUUUAGUGAUCUGGAAGCAAAAGUGACUAAGGUUGCAAAAGUGAUUAAGAUGAUAAUUAAGACGCAGAAUCCUGAUUGGGAUGAUUUACAAGUCAUUUUAGAUACAUUAAUGGACUCUACAGAAAAUAUGUGGUUAUACAGGUUGCGAGGGCUAAGGUGAGAGAAGAUAUUUGGAAUGGGAAAGUAGAGGCUAACGUUGAUGAGAACUUUCCAAAAGAAGAUCCCCGAUAAUACAGGAGAUACAGACAAUACAGGAGGCGGGUUAAGCCGUCUCCGGAAGUAUCAGCAUUGGUUAUUGAUUGGUGUUCAAACUGCUAUGCCGAAGCAAAUGAAUUGGUCGAAAUUGUAUAAUGUAAGGCAGGAAAAGAAUGAGUCUCCCUCAGCCUUUUUAGAAAGAUUAAACGAAGCUGCCAAAAGAUAUACGGAUUUAGACGUAGAAACGGAACAAGCAAAAAUUCAGUUGGCUCUAAUUUUCUUAGGGCAAUCUCAAGAUGAUAUUUGAAAGAAGCUGCAGAAAUUAGAGGGUGCACAAUUAAGGGAUUUGGACGUAAUGUUGGAAACAGCUUGGAAAGUUUAUAAUAAUAGAGAAAAAGAACAAUCGAGACGCCACCAGCAAAAUUUGUUGGCUUUGAUCCAGGGACAAGGCAGGGGAAUAGGGGUCCGGGGUAGGGGAGCUGGAAAUAGUCGAGGAGGUGGUCAGGGACGUGGUUCCUGGAGUGCCCAAGGAACUCCCCUGAGACCCCUCAUGAGGCUUGGCAUAAAUCAAUGUGCUUAUUGUAAGCAAGAAGGACACUGGAACAAUGAAUGCCCGGCUAGGAGCCCCGUGGGUCAGAUGUCCGAUGCGACGGGAAAUGCGGUACAGACUAUGGUGUUAGGGGAAUACAGUAACAACAGCUGACUAUAUGAAGGCACGGAAGUGAAAACCCAGAAUAAGGAGCCCUUAGUGACAAUACAAGUGGGAGACCGGGAUGUAAGAUUUUUAGUAGAUACGGGGGCUACUUACUCUGUAUUAAAUUCCUUACAGGGGGCGGUAGGUCACAGAGCUACAACAAUUGUUGGUGCCACAGGGAAGGAGGAAGUACGGCCAUUCCUGCAACCUUUGGAUUUGUGUUUUGGAGAAAAGGAGCUAACCCACGAGUUCUUAUAUGUUCCAGAUUGUCCAGUUUCUCUUUUAGGACGAGAUUUGCUGACCAAAUUAGAUGCCACAAUAACAUUUGAGGAUGGAAAUUUGGUAAUGAAAGUUCCGGAGUCAAAGGAAAGCAAAAGCUAUUCGCUUUUGAAUGGGAGAACCCACACAACGGGAGAAAAGCCCAAUUAACCUGGACACGCCUUCCACAAGGAUUUAAGAAUAGUCCAACUAUCUUCGGAAAUCAACUAGCCAAAGAACCUGAGGAGUGGGCUACGAGAGGCUAUAUCGGAAUUCCUCGACAAUGGUAUUUGUUGCUGCAAUAUGUGGAUGAUAUUCUGAUUGCUGCUGAGACCCAAGAACUUUGCAUUCAGGUAAAAAUUGAAAUAUUGAAUCAAUUAGGAAUGAAUAGAUAUAAAGUGUCAAAAAAAUAAAGCUCAGAUUGCAUCCACAACUGUGACCUAUCUAGGAUGCGAGCUUUCUCAAGGACAGCGAAGACUAGGUAUAAACCGUGUACAUGCUAUCUGUGCGAUCUCAGAACCGCGUAACUUACAUGAAUUAAGAUCUUUUCUAGGAAUGGCAGGAUGGUGCAGGCUCUGGAUCAUGGACUAUGGACUUAUUGCCAAACCUUUAUACGAGGCACAGAAGAAUAAGACCUUGGUGUGGGAAAGACCACAACAAGAAGCUUUUCAAAAAUUGAAACAGGCCUUAAUGCAAGCGCCUGCUUUGGGCCUACCUGACCUGAGUAAAGACUUUCAGUUGUUUGUACAUGAAUGACAGAGACUUGCUCUAGGGGUAUUAACCCAACGGCUGGGAUCUUGGAAAAGGCCCGUAGGUUAUUUCUCUAAACAACUUGACCCGGUAAGUGCUGGAUGGCCGGCGUGAUUGCGGGCGGUGGCUGCUACCGUGACAUUAAUUCAGGAAGUCCGGAAACUGACUAUGGGGAAAAGGAUCGAAGUGUUUGUAUCCCAUAUGGUGACUACUGUAUUGGAACAAAAGGGGGGCCAUUGGCUUUCCCCAAGUAGGAUGAUGAAAUAUCAGGCAAUUUUAACAGAGCAGGAUGAUGUUAUCCUAAAAACAACUAACCUAAUGAAUCCAGCUGUGUUUUUAAGCGCAGAGACUGAAGAAGAAAAUCUGGAACAUGAUUGUGUGGAGGUCAUUGAAUAUACCCACGCAAGUCGACCUGACCUGAAAGAUACCCCAUUGGAGAAGACGGAUUGGGAGCUUUUUACUGACGGCAGUAGUUUUGUGGAAAGCGGAGUGCGGUAUGCAGGAUACGCGAUUACUACUGCCAAAACAGUAAUUGAAGCUAAAUCCCUACCACCAAACACAUCAGCACAGAAAGCUGAGUUGAUAGCCCUAACUAGGGCAUUAGAGCUCAGUGAGGACAAAAGGGUCAAUAUUUGGACUGACUCAAAAUAUGCAUUCGGGGUUGUUCAUGUACAUGGAGCUCUUUGGAAAGAGCGUGGACUACUCUCCUCCCAAGGAACAAACAUCAAGUACCAAAAAGAAUUAUUGAACUUGAUUAAUGCCGUUCAAAAGCCAUCACUAGUUGCCAUCAUGCACUGUAAAGCUCAUCAGAGUGGGACAUCAACAAUUAUUGAAGGAAACCGACUUGCUGAUCAAACAGCCCGAUCAGUGGCACGACGAGUCUGGAUGAUGGUGGGUCUUGUCUCCCAAAAGGUAAGAGCAAUUGAUUUAUUACCUACACCUUCAGAGGCACCUGAAUAUUCUACAGAAGAUGAGAAAUUGGCAAGACUAGUAAAAGCCGUCAAGGAUAAUUCUGGAUGGUAUGUAACCACCAACGGACAAAUUGUGGUCCCGAUCACAAUUAUGAGAGGGAUACUUCAGGCGGAGCACCAGAAGUGUCAUUGGGGUGCAGAAGCAUUGGUAACUUAUCUAAGAAAACAAAUUAUCUCGGUCCAGAUGUUAACAAUGGCAAAAUCUAUCACAGCUAAGUGUGAAAUUUGCUUGAGAAAUAAUCCUUUAGUUAAAAGGAAAGUAGAUAUGGAAAAAUUAGGACAGGUGUACAACCAGGGGAUUGUUGGCAAAUAGAUUAUGUGGAACUCCCCAAAA